AUGUCCUUGCUAGGCCCUCCGCCAGAGGAUAUGCUUGACCGUGGAACCCAAAGCUCGCGAUAUUUUAAUGACGAUGGUCAAUUCAAGUUCCCGGAUCUCAUUCCGAAAGAGUAA